AGCAUGAGUGCUGGGUCGGUGGAUCAAGAACCGUCCCGGAAGCUAGGCUGCUGUGGUGUACCUGUGAUUACGGAAGACAUGCAGGCGCUAGCUAUUCGAAGCCUGCCUGGGGGCGAAGUACAGAAGCACUAUGAGCUCAUUCGAGAGCUGGGAAAGGGAACGUAUGGCAGGGUGGAGCUGGUGUCCCAUAAGAGCACUGGCAACAAGAUGGCUCUGAAGUUUGUGAACAAGAACAAGACUAAGCUGAAAAGUUUCCUGCGGGAGUUCAGCGUAACGAGCGCUCUAUCUUGUAGUCCAUUCAUUAUCCGAGCAUUUCAUGUGCUCUUUCAGACAGAGGACUGCUAUGUCUUUGCUCAAGAAUAUGCACCAGCUGGAGACCUUUUUGAUAUUAUUCCACCACAGGUGGGUCUCCCAGAAGACAUGGUGAAACGAUGUGUUCAACAACUGGGAUUAGCUCUGGAUUUUAUGCACAGCAAAAGCCUAGUUCACCGUGACAUCAAACCAGAGAAUGUUCUUCUAUUUGAUCGUGAGUGUCGGCGAGUUAAGUUGGCAGACUUUGGCAUGACGCGUAAAGUGGGCUGCCGUGUUAAAAGAGUGAGUGGCACAAUCCCAUAUACAGCACCAGAAGUAUGCCAAGCUGGACGGUCAGAAGGCUUUCCAGUAGAGACAAGCUUGGACGUCUGGGCUUUUGGAGUACUAAUCUUCUGUGUACUCACAGGCAACUUUCCUUGGGAGUCAGCCUCGCCAGGAGAUGCCUUCUUUGAGGAGUUUGUGCACUGGCAGAAGGGUCGUCUACCUGGUCUUCCUUCUCAGUGGCGCCGCUUCUCGGACAAUGCUCUACGAAUGUUCCAACGCCUUCUUUCCUUAGAGUCAGAAAAAAGGAGCCCGGUCAAAGAGGUCUUCUUCUACAUUAAAUAUGACUUACUAUCAGAAGUUCGUCGUAGACCUUCUUACCGCUCUCGCAAACAGACAGGAGAAAAGUUACCACCCGUGCCCCAACGUCAUGAGAAUCCCACUCCCCUCAAGAGGACAAUACUUACCGAGGGAGGCUCCUCACCACGUGUUCCACACUCUCUGCCUGAACCUGGCCAGCCACCCUCUAGUUCUGGCAGGACAGAUGGGCGUCAGGACAAGAAUAAAACUCAAAUGUUGCUGGCCACCGCCAUUGAGAUUUGUGUGUAACAUGGACCACCCUGUUGGAUUCUACUCCACUGGGAACUGAUGUCGUUCU